AUGAAGAGGUCGCCCUUUGCCGACCCCGAGUACCGUCCAGAGGCCACCUCGCAACCUGGCGAUGUUGGCUUCGGCUACAUCAGCGACAACCAUGAGUCCACGGCUGGUCCCAAGUCUUCUCUCAAAAGCGCCAUGAAGGUGCCAGGAACACCUGCCAGACAACUGUCGGACCCCCUCAGCCCAACCUUCCGGGAGGAGGAAAUGCUCGAAAAACGAGAGGCGUCGACCGACAAGGAGCAAGUCAAGGACAUUAAAAUCAAGACUCGUGUCCGAAUGGCCAAGUUUGCCCUCCGCGGUGUCAACUUUAGCUGUUCCCUGAUCAUCCUGUCCAUGCUGUCGGCUUCCUUUGCCAUCUUCAACUCUACAAAGUCUCUCGCCGCCGCCAGCAAGUUUACGCCGUGGGCUCCAAACACUCAGCAGACGGCCUGGCCACAAAAGCUAACUCUGGCCAUGGCCUGCGUCUCACUAUUCGCCUGUAUCCUCGUCUUCGUCGCAUACUGCCGAGGAGGCCACAAGCGAGCGACCAAGGUCAACACCUACUACACCAUGUUCGCAAUCGGCUGGUUCAUUCUCAGUAUGCUCCUGUGGAUCAUCACAGCCGUCAUUUUCCAGCACAGCAAAAACAACAGCAACAACAAAGACAUGUGGGGAUGGGCAUGCGCCAACAACCAACGAGCAGAAAUUUACCAUGAGAAGGUAGACUACGCACUCGUUUGUCGCCUGCAGAACUGGACCCUCAUCUGCAUCAUCAUCGAAGUAGUCGUCGAGGUCAUCAGCAUCGCACUGUACAGCAUCGUCUUCUACCGAUUCUACUCCAAGCGCCGCCUCAUGAAGUCCAUGGACAUGCGAGACCGCGCCCGAUCCGACCUUUACCUUGCCCAGCUGCGGACACAGUCUGCCCCCAACACUCCCGGCUUCGGGCCCAAGUCCCCUGCUCUCAGCAGCUAUGCCAUGUCUCCUCGCCACCCGCCCGCUGCGUACCGAAACAUCUCCGACAUUGACGAGACUAGCCCCUUCACUCCCGGUGGCAGGGUCGCCGUACCUCGGUCCCAGUUCGGCUCUCCCAGUCCGGACUUUAAGCUGCAGGCUCCUCCAACAAAGGCCCCCUGUGCCACUCCCAGUACCGCCAGGGCUGCCUUUGAGCCUCCUGCGACGAGAACCCCCGAUGCACCCGCCCAGCCUCAACACGGGCCAGCUCCUCCCGGCGAGCCUACGUACGAAGCUGUUCCUAUUCCUGGAGCGUACGCAGGCCAGGCCAUCAAGAGCCCGCCCCCUGGCCAAACGACGUUUGGGGCUGCCAGGUGA